CCUCGCCCCACACAACAGUGGAACUAUCUUAGUAUCUAGCUCGGGCAUGCCGGCCGCGGGAGUGAUCAUGGUGAUAGUUUUGCUCUGCCAGGCAUAUCACACUGCAAGUUGGAGCUGUGGUCACCUCAUUCGAUGUCACACACGUUUUUGACGAAUGCGUUGGUGAAGAUCGUCAUCGCUUCUGCACAUGAUGGCGACAUCAGACUGUAUAACUUUAUAGCGUCCAUUGUUGAAGAGAAGUGCUCGUAUAGCUGUUGCUGUUUCCCACAAGGAUUGAGUAAGCUAGUCUUAGUCUGUUAAUGUCUAAUCGAUCGCCAUCAUCUGUGUAAAUGUACCAUGGUGCUGGUACAUCAUGCUCCUGGCCAUCGUGCUCUUCCUUCUUCACUUGUCCUACUUUGGGUCAUUCUUGCCACAUUCUGGCCAUUGAUUACAGGUAAUGGUCAACUUGAUAACAAUGCUACUGUCGUGUGCACUGGUGUACCAUAUACCAUAGCAAGGCGACGUGCCCUGACAGUAAACAUCACGGAGAAUCAUGGCACGCCAGUUGCAGUAACUAAACUUUCAUGUGCCUUGCCGCCAAUACUUGGUAACCCAGUCUACUCUCUAGCGAAUGACAUAGUAAACUGCGAUGUGCUAUGCCCAGGCCCAUUUCGCUGCAAUCAUACAAUCGUCUGCUUUCGCAUCGAUCGUGAUUCAGGGCAGCUUGAAGCAAAUGGCAUUGAUUUUGAGGGUAGCUUAGGCUAUAUGCCUGUAAUCAAUGUGUCCGUGUCCUGUGCACCAACACUGUGUGUAGAUAAUGCUACACUCCAAUAUGAUAUUACUCUCAAUAUCAGUCCAAAAUGGGAAUAUUCUUAUUUAAUUGUCUCGUUUAGCUGUGGCUAUUCUUACUCUCUCGCUUUUUCCAAAACCGUUCUAAAGGGUAAACAUGUAAAAAUUAUCGCGUGUAGAUGGUGUCCAGCUAAUGAUACCGUCUUUCGGGGAAGGGAUCUUCCUUACAGGAUAACUGGCAUUACCGGGCCGGCAGGCGAAUACCUCAGGACUUCAGAUGAUGGCCAACAGAUUAUGAUUACCAAAAAUCUAGCAACACUACCGCCCACAACGACUGCAUUGGGAGGAAAAUUUAAGGUCUGGUCAAUGGAGUAUUCGGUGACUUUAUCAGUUUACAACUAUAAGCAGUUUCAACCGAGCUGGACUACACCACCCUCAUCUCCAAUAAUACUUGAUGAAGUAGACAGUAUCCUCUACUCUCUGAUUGCCCACUUGACAUGUUUCAGCAAUGAGUCGUUCCAUGCACCCAAAGUAGUCAAUACUAGUGUACAAGGAACUUGUCAAGAAGGGGCUUUUUCAGAUUAUCUUGCAAUUGUCUCUGAUUAUAGUUCAUCGUCGAACAGUACAUACAGUGCGUCAAACCGCCAUGUCAGAGUCUAUGUGAAAAAGGUUCCUUCAAAGAGGCUGACAACACUUAACUGCAGACUGCGUUGCAGCCCUUCGAAGGGUUUGAGUGUAAGCCCUUACUCAAAGCACAAGCAAGAAAAUCCACCUUAUGACCUUCGACUUGAUAUCAAUCAUCACGGUCUUCAGUUCACUAAGAGUACUUUCAAUGGACUAAUACCAGAAAACCAACCACCCGGCACUGCUAUCCACUGGCAAGGUAUUGAUGCCAGUAUUGAAUGUAUUGGAACACGCUAUUGUAAACAUCCAUCAUGGAAGAUUUCGCUGAAUAAUUCCGCAACAUUGCCUUUCAUCUAUAAUUCUUCAUCUGGACUGAUCGAGUCCACAACAAUGUUAUCCAAGAGGAGUACUUCCUAUUCUCUACUGAUUCACCUCUCUCCGAUACAAGGGACCAGUGACACUGCCACCAUAUUUGUACGUGUUGUUGAUGCUGAUGAUGAUCCCAUUGAAUUUAGUGGAUCGUCGUAUAUCAAUGUUGACUUUGCAACACCUGUGGGGACAAACAUCACAGGCCGUGUGCUCUCCGAUACUGACACUGACCUCUCUCAGCCAUCAUGCACACUCACUUCACCAAACAGGUAUUUUUCUGUGUCGUCAUCAUGUCAAAUAGUGGUCAAAACGUCUCUUCUCUAUUUACCUUUUGCUAACCACUCACUGAUCAUUCAGGCAGUGGAUACGGAUGUGUUUGGGCCAAAGCGCACAGCUAAUGCAACCGUGACAAUAAUGGUGAAUUAUACCGGACAAGGUUGCCAAAAUCUUGAACUGUCCUUACUUAGUCCUGGCUCACUGGUAAACUCUACAUACCCUAGCAAUAUUGCUGUCAAAUGUGCAUUGGGUUUCAGGACCAAUGAUUUACAAGAAUCCAGAGCUAUCUGUUUGACAUCAGGCAAUUGGACGAUGAUCAAUAGUUGUCAAGAAGCACUAUGUCGUGAGCCACCCCCAGUCCUUGGAGGCAUCUGGCAAACAAAAACUACUGUUUUCCAAGGCUUUGCCGCAUAUACGUGCCAGUCAGGUUUUAAGUCCCAUGCUUCACCAGUUAUACAAUGCUCUGAUAAUGGAAAUACUUCCAUGCCACUACAAUGGACUGGUUCUACACCCAAAUGUCAUGAUGUAAAUGAAUGCAUCUUGCAGCCAGGCGUGUGCUACAACGCAACGUGCCACAAUACCUUUGGCUCUUAUGGAUGUCAAUGUACAACGGGAUUUAAGUUGUCUUCAGAUGGCAGGUCUUGUCAGAAUAUUAAUGAAUGUCAUAGAUACCCUAGCCCGUGUUCUUUUCAUGCUGAUUGUGUGGACACCGAUGGCAGCUUUCAGUGCACUUGUAAACAAGGCUACAAUGGGACUGGGUACAGUUGUCAUGAUAUAGAUGAAUGCAGCACUCAGUCUUGUGGUCGAUUUGACUGUACUAAUACUGUGGGAAGCUAUAUCUGCAAAUGUAAGGAUGGCUUAAAGUCAACAACCAGCAGUCCUCUUUGUACUGAGGACAUUAAUGAAUGUAGUACAAACCCUUGUGAGAGCCGUAACUGUACGAACACAUUUGGUGGCUUUAAAUGUGACUGCCCUCCUGGAUACUACACUCAGCGGCCAGUUUACUCUUUUUCCCGGAACGACUAUAGCAGUGUUGGUAUGUGGCUAUUCGACCGUGGACGUGACCAGAAGUGCAAGAAUGUAGAUGAAUGUGCCGAGCAGGCAUGCGGCGGAAUGCACACUUGUAGCGAUACUAUUGGGUCAUACACAUGCUCGUGUGCACAAGGCUAUCGCAAUCCUUCUUCCAGCAAGUCAGUGUGUGAAAAUGUCAAUGAGUGCAAUCAGCAGGUUUGUACCUCCAUCAUGGGGUCACAGUGCCGCGACACGAAUGGCAGUUACCUAUGUGAGUGUAGUGUUGGUUAUCAACUACCAACAUUACACCCAACAGGCACUAGCGGCAGCACUAGUGCUAGUACUGGUGCUUGCGUGGACAUUGAUGAGUGUAAGAGCAGUGGUGUGAAUAGCAGCUGCAAACCACACACAUGUCUCAACACGAAUGGCAGCUACAUGUGCCUGUGUCAGAGCGGCUACAGCACUAGUAAGACCAGCAGCGACACGCUCUGCCUGGACAACAACGAGUGUGACUUAGGGCUACAUAAUUGUUCGGACACAUUUGAGUGUGUUAAUGAGCCAGGUAGCUAUGGUUGUUCAUGCCCGACUGGUUUGAAUGUGUCCUCGUCUGCUAAUGAGUGUAUAGCUGAUGUGGAUGAGUGUACUGGCCAACCGGACCUCUGUAAACCACAUUCAUGUAUGAACAGUCAUGGCAGUUAUCAGUGUCUAUGUUCCACUGGUUACGCAAAUGUCUCUUCAACACAAUGUCAGGAAAUUGACGAAUGUCUGACUAUGCAACAUGACUGCCAUUCUUCAGCUACUUGUAGAAACACACUUGCUAGUUAUCAAUGUCAAUGUAGCCAUGGAUUUGCUGCUGCUGCUGCUACCAACUCUUCAGCUAUGCGUGUCUGUGUCGAUAUACCGGAAUGUGCUAACACAAGUAUCUGUCACAGGAACGAAGAAUGUAUCGAGCAAGCUGGUAGUUACUUGUGCCGAUGUCAGCAAGGAUUCUACCGACGAACGGCAGUAGCAACCUCAGCUGUGGCUUCUGCAUCAGCGUGCUUGGAUAGGGAUGAAUGUGCAAGCCAAACGCAUGAAUGCAGUAAGAAUGCACUGUGCUCUAAUACUGCAGGUUCCUAUGAAUGUAGCUGUCCAUUUGGUCUAACUGGUAAAGCUACUAAUGACACAUGUAUUGAUAUUGAUGAGUGCCGCGAUGGCCUUCAUUUCUGUGCGAAUAACACCAUCUGUCAUAACACCUUUGCCACGCAUAAUUGUGCGUGCAAAGCUGGAUUCUCUGGGAACGCAUUGGUACUGGGUUGCAAGGACAUUGAUGAAUGUUUGCCUGAUCCGGCAUCUUCUAGUCCAUGUAGUCAGUCCUCUACAUGUCAGAACACUGACGGCAGUUACAACUGUGUAUGUCUCCUGGGCUAUGCCAAACCUAUCAACUCGACCAUCUGCCAAGAUGUCAAUGAGUGUGUGCAAACGCGCAACAUUUGUGGAGACAACAGUGUCUGUUACAACUCACCUGGCAGUUAUCAAUGCCACUGUCUAUCUGGCUAUUCCAACUCCAGCAGUAGCAGCAGCAAGCAGCAGCAGCAGCAGAACUGCACUGAUGUGGAUGAGUGUUUGUCUUCUCAGCCGCUCUGUAGACAGUUCUCUGUAUGUCAGAAUGUAGCUGGUAGCUACAGGUGUCCUUGUAGCACCAAUGCAUACUACAACAAUCUAACAAAACAAUGUGAGCAGGAUGAGUGUAAGGCAGUGUCCAAUGACUGCGGCCCUAACACAAAGUGCACAAAAUCACCAGGUACAUAUGAGUGUAACUGUUUAUCUGGUUUCACUGGAUUUCCAAAGACUAGAUGUGAUGAUAUCAAUGAAUGUUUAAUAGCUGCAGCUUCCACCUGCCCUGAGAACAGUAAAUGUUCCAAUUCUGAAGGCUCAUUCGAAUGUGUAUGUAACUAUGGCUACAGCAAACCUAAGAUAGGUGGAAACACGUGCCACGAUCAAGACGAGUGUGCUGCAGAGAUUCACAAUUGUCAUAGCAACGCUGAAUGUAUCAAUACAAUAGGUGGGUACCGGUGUAGUUGUAUCAUCCUGCAGGGUUAUGUUGGUGAUGGGUUCUCGUGUACGCUACAACUACAUCCUACUUCAGCCAGCAGCACUUCAUCCAGCACUUCAGCCAGCACUUCAGCCAGCAGUUCAGCCAGCAGCAGCAGCACUUCCACCGCUAGUUUUAACAUUACUCCUAGUACAAGUACAGCUGGAGCUCCUGGCUUUGGGCCGAAAUCUUCAUUUUCGACUAACACUGGUGUCGUAAUUGUGAUAACAGUGGCUGUGUGUUUCAUUCUGUUUGCUUCCUAUCAAUUGCACCGUCGACAUCACAAGGCUACAGCGCCGUUGAAUGUCAAAGAAGUUUUGGAAAACUACAAAAGACGGAUACAUGGCGAAGCGGCUGUUGAAGUCAGUCACAGUGGACGGGCUGAAUCGGCCUGGGCACAAGCUACACACAGCUAUGUAGAUACACCAGCACACGAAACAGAAUUAGACAGGCGUGCGCACCGUGGUGCGUCUAUUGCAUCCAGGUCAAGUCAAGUAACAGCAUUGGAAAAUCCAUACAGUGAUGCAUACGCACUGUCUGAUCAUCUCCAUGCUGGAUCUAUGCAAGGAAAAGAAUACUUUGUUCUGGAUGAAUUGAAUUCAUGGCAAGCAGACAAGAAGUGCGCAGAACUAACAGCGUUGGAAGAGUGGGAACCUGAGGAGAAGGAUAGAAUGGCAGCAUUGUUGCAAACAUCGUCGUCAUCAUCAAGAGCAGCAGUCCAGCAUGAAAACGUUUACAGUCUCGUUAUUCCAGGUGGAUUGGAUACUCGCACCACUCAUCACGCCCAGGCUCCUGUAGACAUUCACUAUACACUUUCGCCGGUUGACAGCCUGGAGAGCAUCGGCUAUGGUAUAACUGCUGCAGAAACCAGUUUUUUCUCUACAUAUGCAGGCUUAUCAAGGUCAAGGCAGUAUGAUAGCAGCAAUCUCCGACGCAUAUCAACUGACACUACUGGCACAAACUUGAGCAUGUCUCCACCUGGAAAUUCUAGAAGAUGGCGAAAAAACUCAGGCAGUGAUAGAGAAAGUUUUUCAGCUGUGGCAAUCGACCAAGGCCUGAGUGAGGCGGAUAUGUUUUCAAUAACGUAUGAGGACUGCAAUACUGAAGAACUCCAGUAUUCUAGAAUGAAUACAGGAGGAAAGAAACGACAGAGAAAAGUCUCAUCUCAAACAGACCCAACAACUGCGAUUUCAUGUGACUCCAUGGCAAGUGCAUCUGAUCCGGAUUCUUCUCACCAAUUGCUAUAUGCUAAAUUCAAAGAUACUAGCAAAGCAAGUGACAAGUAUGCUCUGAGUAAGCAGUACGCUUCAUUUCCUGCAGAUAUGGUGGCUGGUAAUGGCAGCCUAGCUGCAGAAUACUCUCACCCACACUUCGAUCGACCAACUGAACAAACCAAGAACAAAGCAAGCGGCAAGCGUUCUGCAGGUAAAGCUUACACUUUUUUUACUACGGGCCCAGCUGGCAAAUCCGACAUGACAGGAGAGCAUUCUCACAUUGAUUUCAACCUGCCUCCGGCCUCUAAUGGCUCCCGGAGCGGAAACGUCUUGUCCAGGUCACAAUCGGUACGCCAAGCUCACACUCCAUGGAACCCACACUGCGACAACCAGCAUCACAGCAGUAUUAACCAGCGUCACAGCAGUAUUAACCAGCGUCACAGCAGUAUUAACCAGCGUCACAGCAGUAUUAACCAGCGUCACAGCAGUAUUAACCAGCGUCACAGCAGUAUUAAGCGGAAGGGACGCGCACGUGCCGCUAUACCAGCCAGUAUGAAAGAUACAAAUACAUCAAAUACAUCAAGAGCAACUGCGCCUGGAGACUCCUUAGCAGUGAACGAGAAUGUCCCCGAAAUGGUGCCGCUCAAGUCACGCCGACGCAAUGUCAAGAGGGCAUUAUCAAUGAAAGCGCCAAGAUCCAGAGAAUGGAAAGAUGCCAGUGCGUGGACUCAUCCUACAACGACAACAGCAGCCACAGCAGCAGCUAGUGCUGGAACAGUGGGAUCACGAAAGAAGAAUGUGCCAUGGGAUAAUGGUUCAGAUGAAGCCUGGAGUGAUGAAGCGAGGACAUGCAGAAGCUCACGUGAAGAGGACUAUCCAUCAGCAUAUGAGCAGCUCUACCACCACAGGUCACAAAACAACUUUUCAGACGAAGCCAAUGAAUACAGCAGUGAGUCUGGUUGUGAGCAUGGUGCCUAUACCAGAACCGCUCAGCAUCAUUUUCCACAGCAUGCGUACAGUCAGACAAAUGCCUUUUACAAUCCUGUUGCUACAGCUGCUCCUACUACUACAGCUGCUCCUACUGCUGCUGCUACUACUGCUGCUACUACUGCUGCUGCGUUAGUCAAAGAAGACUACAGUGAGUGGCGGCUACAUGUUCAAGAUCAAGACGCAACGGCCUACAGCACACAAGCUGCUUCUAAGACGCAAGCUGGUGAAAUGCAACCAACAUCACCCACAGGUACAGAUACGUGUCCACAACAACAACAACAACAACAACAACAACAACAACAACAACAACAACAACAACAACAACAACAACAACAACAACAACAACAACAACAACAACAACAACAGCAGCAACAGCAGCAGCAGCAGCAGCAGCAGCAAGAGGAGCAACCAGAAUCAGAGCAGCAGCAGCAGCAAGCACAGGAGCACGAGCACGAGCAGAAGGUCGACGUCAACCAGGAGCAGCCACUAAGAGAUAUGCCAUAUGAAGAAUUCAUCCGCCGGCAGACGCCGGGAGACAUGUGAUGAAAGUUUACUGGUGAGCUGCUCUGCUCUUGUUUAUGCAGCACUCUCAUUUGCCUUUGAAGAGUGGUACCGAGAAACAUAGCAAUGCAAGAAUGAACAUUGUUUACUUCAGUCAACACAUAUACACGCACACAUAUGGUAACUAUAACAACAGCGACCACGAUGUCAACAACAACAACAACAACAACAACAACAACAACAACAACAACAACAACAACAACAACAACAACAACAACAACAACAACAACAACAACAACAACAACAACAACAACAACAACAGCAGCAAUAAUAUGCUCCCCGUCUCUGCGGCAUUGUGCCUUCAUAGUUUAGUUUCUGAGACCCAUCACCAUCCUUUCUUUUCUUGCUUUAUCUCUUUCUUACACCCUUUUGCUUGGCAUUAUCCAGAUAUUUCUUCCGUAGGGCUUGCAGAUCUUUAGAGCGGUUUAUGUUAGGUGCGGGCAUGUUCAAUACUUUCAACUCUGCUCUGGUGGCGACAUUUUCAUACACUGCAACCUGUUAACCCUGCUAGACAACGCCGGGCUUCCUUGUGUCCUGAUAACCUGACCGUGCAAUCAGAAUUUAAUAAUCCAGAAUUGUUUAGCAGAGGCAUAUACGAGGGUUGCAUUAAACUUUUCAUUUCUCAUUUGAUGGCA